AUGAAGGAAGCCAUGAUCUCUCAACAGUUGUCAAUAAUCCAUGAGCAAAUGGAGAAGAACAAUGGUGUUGCUCUCAAAUCAAGCUUAAAGGAGAAAGCAAAGAUCAAGGUUGAGAGGACAUCAUCAAAGAAGAAGAAGAGUGAUAGUGAUAAUGAUACUGAUGAUGGCAUGGCCUUAUUUAUCAAGAGAUUCAAGAAAGUCAUGAAGAAAGAUGGAUACUUUAACAACUACAAGAGAAGAAUUGGCCAUUUCAUUGGCGAUUGCCCCAACCCAAAGGACAAGAACAAGGGUGAGAAGAAGGAGCAAGGCAAAGGCAAGAAGAGGCACACGGGUGAAGCUCAUCUUGGUGUGAAGUGGGACUCAAGUGAAGAAUCAUCCUCCAAUGGUGAAGGUGUGGCGACCAUGGCCAUGGAAGCUCACAUCACAAAGUCAUCGCUCUUUGAAAAUCUCACUGAUGAUGAAGAUGACUUCACUCCCACUUGCUUCAUGGCAAAAGGGGCAAAGGUAGAUUCCAAACCCAACCCCAAUGAUGAUGAUGAUGAUGAUAGUCUUGAUGAUAAUGAAUGA